GCCGCCGUGCUGUCCGUGGUCGUGCUCCUCGCCGCCCACGCGCUCUCAGGGGCCAGGGCGGAUCGGGCUGGUGACAAGAUGGCAUUGGGUGGUAUCGGAGAAGACGCCGGCGCUGACGCCGAUGGGUUCCCGUGGAGCAACGCGAUGCUGGAGUGGCAAAGGACUGGGUACCAUUUCCAGCCGAAGAAGAACUACAUGAACGAUCCCAGCGGUCCGAUGUACUACCGUGGAUGGUACCACCUCUUCUACCAGCACAACCCCAAGGGCGCCGUCAAGGGUGACAUCAUCGCCUGGGGUCAUGCCGUGUCGCGGGACCUGGUCCGCUGGCGCCACCUACCCCUCGCUAUGGUUCCGGACCACUGGUAUGACAUCAAGGGCGCCAUGACGGGCUCCACCACCAUCCUCCCCGACGGAAAGGUUGUCUUGCUCUAUAGCGGGAACAGCAACACGUCUGAACAGGUCCAGUGCCUCGCUGUCCCAGCGAACCCUAGGGACCCCCUUCUUCGCAGGUGGACCAAGCACCCUUCAAACCCCAUCCUUCGCGCGCCCCCGGGCAUUGGCAUCAAGGACUUCCGCGACCCCACCACCGCAUGGUUCGACAAGUCUGAUCACACGUGGCGCACCAUCAUUGGGUCCAAGGACGACCAUGGCCAUGCCGGUAUUGCCAUGACGUACAAGACGAAAGACUUCCUUAGAUACGAGCUCAUCCCGGGAUACUUGCAUCGUGUCAAUGGUUCUGGCAUGUGGGAGUGUGUCGACUUCUACCCCGUCGGCGGCAAUGGCAAGAACUCAUCGGAAGGGAUGUUGUACGUGAUGAAGGAGAGUAGUGACGAUGACCGACAUGACUAUUAUGCGCUGGGCAGGUACAAUGCAAAGGCCAAUAGGUGGACACCGUUGGACCCGAAGGCAGACUUGGGGCACGGGUUGAGGUAUGAUUGGGGAAUGUUUUAUGCGUCCAAGACAUUCUAUGAUCCCGCGAAGCGACGGCGCGUGCUGUGGGGUUGGGUCAGAGAAGCCGACUCCAAGCAAACCGACAUUGCAAAAGGAUGGGGUUCAGUUCAGUCGAUUCCGAGGACCGUGGCACUGGACGAGAAGACUCGGACGAACCUUCUCCAAUGGCCGGUGGAGGAGGUCGAGACCCUUCGCCUCAAUUCCACUCACCUCAGUGGCAUCAUCAUCGAUGCUGGCUCCAUCUUCUCCAUCAACCUCCGCCAAGCCGCUCAGCUUGACAUUGAAGCCUCCUUCCGCCUCGAUGCCUCCGUAGUUGGCGCCCUUGACAAGGACGAAGGUGGCUACAACUGUAGCACCAGCGGUGGCACCGCCAACCGUGGUGCCCUUGGUCCCUUCGGCCUCCUUGUCCACGCUAACGAACACCAUAGUGAGCAAAUGGCAGCGUACUUCUAUGUGUCUAGGGGCCUUGACGGGGGCCUCCAGACCCACUUCUGCCACGACGAGUCACGGUCGUCCCGGGCCAGGAGCGUGGUGAAGCGUGUGGUGGGCAGCACCGUUCCUAUGCUCAACGGGGAGGUUUUAUCUGUUAGGAUACUUGUGGAUCAUUCGAUCGUGGAGAGCUUCGCGAUGGGCGGAAGAUUGGCAGUGACGUCACGGGUGUACCCAUCAGAGGCCAUUUAUGCGAAGGCCGGGGUGUAUGUUUUCAAUAACGCCACCAGUUUCUCUGUCGCUGUAGAGAAGCUCGUGGUGCACGAGAUGGAUUCGUCAAAGAAACAUGUGCGGGAUUAA